CGAUACUGCGCACUUUUACUUCUAGUUUAAAUGCGUGAAGGCUAUCCAGGUUUGCGGGAAUUAAAUUAACAGAUGCUUUUGACAAAUUAAACCCUGCAUUUAAAUAGAAUGUGCCAGAAAGCAGUUACUCAUAAUACAGUGGACACUUCCUAUUCUACAAUUGGUGCCCAUCGCGUUUUUUGCUAUUACUUAUAAAUACUUCUGGGUUUGUGUUAAGUGAACAACCGUUAUAUCCGCCAUAAUUUUUUCUGCGUUUCUAUAGUCACAUCGUGCUUUAUAUACACAUCAUUUUCAUUUUUUUCUCUUGCAUCGCGACGGUAUUAAUUAUGAGUGUAGACGUUAAUAAUAUAACGUGCGCAAUAUGUGGCAUUUCAGCCAGCUUAAUGUGUCAGCGGUGCGGAGAACCUUAUUGCAGCGACGUCUGCCAGCGCAAGGAUUGGCAACGGCACAAAUAUGUUUGCACCAUGAUGCCACCUUUGGUGAACGUAAAGUCCUCCAAACAACUGGCAACUUAUAAGCACGAUAUUGCUGCUGACCCCAACGAGAAUAACGCAAUGGCCAUAAAGGAGUUGCCCAGUUGUAAUGACAGCUUGUCAUCUAUGGUGAAAGAUUUAACAAUCGUGGAUUCAAAUGAUAACAAAUUGAGCCUAGAAUGGCGUGAGUCUGUGAUGCCACCAGUAAAAGAGUUCUUCGAGGGUCGCGUUACUUAUAUGGAAAACGACGGCCCCAUUUGGGUAGUUGACGUGGCCAAUACUGAGAGCCUGGAGCGUCUCACCAACAACAUUGCGCGUAGCAUGCAGCAUCAGAAAUCAUGUUCAAUUGAAGAUGUAUCUAUAGGCAGCUUGGUUGGUGUCGCUGUUGAUCAUAAAAUGUAUCGGGGCGAGGUGAUUGAUGUAAAUGUCUCCGCCGAAUGUGCUGAGGUACGGCUCAUUGACUACGGUGCAGUUGUUGCCUGCGAUUUGCAGGACAUUUAUUUGCCUGUACAACGUAUGGCGCGAUACAAGGCGUAUGCAUUCAGGGUUAAGCUUCCCACCAACACAGGCGUACAGAUCAAUAAGAAUCUGACGUUGCGCUUGUUAGGAAGCAAGACAAUCGAUGGCAUAGAGCAGGUGCAGCUGAAGACCAAAAUGGCAAUUCCCUUUAAUUUGCCGGUUGAACUGCUAAUCAUGAAACCGGAAGUGAGUGUCGUAAGAAUUCUUCAGCAAAAUGUAUCGCUCGGGGAGCCGCAAGUGGCUUUAUUGCAAAUCAACGCGAUGAAAAAUUUAAAUGACGAGCUAAACACCAUUUUGAGUGAGAAGUCUGGACAGCAGUUUACGGAACCCUUUCGAGAAGACACACGGACAUUCUUUCUGGCAGCUCGCACUAAGCAUGGUUAUCGACGUGCCCUGCUCCUGGACUUUAUUAAGCAGCCCAUGCUGUUCUUGGUAUACGAAAUGGACGAAGGAUGCAUUUCUUUAACCAGCGAGGUGUGCCGCAUUCCCAAUGAGUUUCUCGGCUAUCCAUUAAGCGUGUUUGCCGUCACCCGCGAAGAGGACAAGACGAGCUCCUUAAAAGAGCAGUUAAGGCAAUGCGGUCCCGAUCUAUCCAUUAAAUUUAACAUGGACAACUUGGCGGGAAAGGACAAAGACAAGCUGCGCACGGUGAAGGCAGCAUUGUUUGCAAACAAUAAACAGGUGUGCGCUGUGCGUGUAAACUCCUUCCUGGGUCUUGUAAACCAACUAGGACACAAGUAUUGGCGGGAACCCAUAGAUAACAAUAACUUGGUGUAUAUCUCGCACGUCGUCAACUACCAGGAAGUCUAUAUUAGCUCUGUGCAGAGCAAGCAAUACGAAGAUAUAUUCAAAAGGUUGGAAGUCAAGUGUCCGCCACUUGAUAGAGAGAUACUUACUGGAGACGUUGUACUUGUCGUGAGCUCCAGUCGUGCCAACUACCGGGCCGAGAUUACUGCCGUUGAGAACAAUAAGUUUAGUGUUCGGAACAUCGACACUGGCUCUACGCAUCACGUGGCAGGCACUUAUCUGCGCAGGCCUUGUAGAUUUAUUGAAAACUUACCAGUUAGCCAAUGUCGUGUUAAAAUAAAAACCAUCUGCAACAUACCGUCAACAGCAGUGCCACCAAAUACAGCUGCUCUCCAGAUAUUGAAGAGGCUUUAUGAACAUAAGUCAGAGUUGCAAGUGAAGUUUGAUGAUUCCGACAGCAACACUGUUGACUUGCUUGAUUUUACGGCCGAGCCGUAUUCACUGAUGACUCGCAUGCUUCCAGUGUUGUUUACUCCUGUUGCAAUUGAGCUGAAACCGGCUGAGGACUUACCUGAGCUAACUGCAGUUAACCCAAAGCCAAUCAAACCAUCACAUGAUCAGUAUACUCCAGUGACUGCACUACCGCCUUUGCCGCCAUCCCCGCCAAAUUCACCGAGAGAACAUCAGAAAACAUCUAACCAAGUCCAACGGCACUACUUUAAUGACUUGAAGCGUCAUCUCUUGCCUCUGGGCGAGAAUAUGCAAGUUUUAGUUUUGCAUGCAAAUGGAUUGCAUAAAACAGGAUACGUUACAGCAUGUUUCUUUUCCAGCGAGAAAGAAGCGGAAGAAUUCCAGGACUUGCUCAAUCUUGUGGCCGAGAUUGGAAGUUCUGACGAUCAACUGCAGCCUGGCUAUUUACCAGAAGUUGGCGAAAUGUGCCUUGCCCUCUUUGUCGAGGAUAAUUCUUGGUACCGAGGUGUUUGUAAGCGGAUUACCGGUCAGAAAGCUCUUAUUUUGUACUGCGACUUUGGAAAUUUAGAAAUGGUUUCCGUAGAACGGAUCAAACCAAUUACAACCGAAGUGCUUCAUGGUGUAUAUGCCACAACAUGUUUUAUAGAUGGCUUCAAUAAAGGCAACAAUUUUUUGAAUCUUGAGCACUAUCUAUCCAAUAAAAAUAAGAUUAUUUGUGAUGUGCUCGAUGGACCAGAGCCCAACACCCGUGUGAUUAAAAUUCCGUUAUUGGAUAAGAUAUUGUCAAAGGAACUGAUUUGAACUACGUAUUCUUUAAAAAACACUUCUCUUCUCUUGCUAUGGAAAGCGUGAUUUUGUUAU